AUGCAAUCUUUCAUGGAGAUGACCAAGCAAAACAUGGAGUCUCAGUCUGCUACUAUCAAGCGUCUUGAAACGACUGUUGGUCAACUUUCUGGUACCUUGAACCAGAUUCAGCAGCAGCAACAGCCAGGGAAACUUCAUGGCCAAGGAUUACAACCCCACCAAGCUCAAGCGGUCACAGUCCUUCGUAGUGGAAAGUUGGUGGAUAACAAGGUGGAGGCCCCUAUGGAUGAGUGCCCUAAGGCGACCUGUGAGGAGGAGAGUGAGAAGGAUUUGCCCCCACUGAGAGAAGAAGAGAAGAAAGGAGAGCCCGAGGUGAAGCUUCACAAGGCUACCCAGCCUUAUAGACCGCCGAUCCCUUACCCCAGUCGGUUGAUGAAUGAAAAGCAAGAUCAACAAUUCACCGACUUCUACAACAUGUUGGCGAAGGUGAAUGUCAACUUGCCACUUUUGGAGGUGAUCAAAAAUGUCCCGGCCUAUGUGAAGUUCUUUAAAGAGUUGGCCUCCAAUAAGAGGAGGUUUAUGGACAACGAGAAGAUUCUUGUGUCUGAAGUUGCAAAUUCCAUCAUGCAACAGCCCUUGCCGCCAAAGCAACGUGAUCAAGGUAGUUUUGUUUUCAAUAUUGCUUUAGGGAAUGGUAAGGAGGCCUCAGGGAUGCUUGAUUUGGGGGCCCGGAUAAAUUUGAUGCCAUACUCCAUUUUUAAACAACUAGAUCUAGGCGACAUAAAACCCACUCGAAUGUGUUUGCAACUAGCAGAUAGAUCAGUGAGGUAUCCUUGUGGGGUUAUUGAGGAUAUUCUUGUUAGAGUGGAUGGUUUGAUCGUGCCUGUGGAUUUUGUUGUGCUAGAAAUAGGAGAAGUGCAUGAGAAUGGCAAGGAGCAUACCUUAUUGCUAGGAAGACCAUUCAUGGCCACUACUAACACGUUAAAAAUGGAACCAUAA